ACAAGGAGAAAAAAGCCGCUCUUGGGCAAGAAUCCUUUUUCUUUUUGAUCAGCCUCCCCCCUGCACUGCUGGAUAGCGGGAAGAAGAGACAUGGAAAAGCUCAUGCAUCUGGUCUUCUUGGUCUCCUUAUCAGAGCUGUGUGUGGCAGAGAACAUCACGGUGGUGUACGGAAUGGAAGGUGAGACCAUCUCCAUCAGGUGCACCUACAGCCCCAAGGAGAACAAGUGGAGAGAGAAGAGCUGGUGCAAACAUGUCAAUAAGACCGAGUGCCAGCAUGUGGUCAGCGCCCACCGCUUCUGGCUCCAGUUCCUGAAGAAGUGGAAAGGCAACACUUCCAUUGCCGACAACAUCCACAAGGGGGUCCUCACAGUGACCAUGGAGAGGCUCCAGAAACAGGACGCAGGGCUGUACCAGUGCAAGACAGACUUCUUAGGAGAAGCAAAGACCUUAAAGAAGGUGAAAGUGGAGGUGCUAGGAGCAGGUGUAAUGGAGACCCUAGCACCAGAGGAGCCCAGAGCUGUGCACAGCAUCUCCAGCCUUCCUGAGGCCCAUUUCAAUGCAUUCAUCUGCACCAUUAUGGUACUCCUGGUCGCUAAAUUCCUGACAGCCAUACUGAUCUUUAUCAUCGCCAGCCAUCAGAGGAGCAGCGCCACGGGGGAGGGGAGCCACAAUCUGAACCAACACCAGCUCCUUCCACUCACAGAACAAGAGAACUGAAAGGAUGACGCAGGUAAUGCUUGGACAGAAUGGGAGGAGGAAGAAGAGGAUGGGUGGAAAAAUAAAGAACUCCAAGAGUCUGUCCAUCCAAACUCCCAACUCCCCCAGGACAAACACACAUACAUGUAGUGAUGCCACACAGACGUGGACAGGAUGAGAAAGCUCUGCUCGGUUUUCCCCAUGCCCCCAUGAGGGAUAACCUUUGCUUGCUGUGCCAGGCUUUGCCUGCAAGGCUAAUGGAAAAUGCUUCGCUGCAAAAGAAACCAAAGAUGCAGCAUUUGACAGUGCAUUCGCCUAGCGCACGAGUGGGACUUUCAUGGCGUAUCUUAGUAGCCAUGACAGGUUUCAGAGGAACAGCCGUGUUAGUCUGUAUUCGCAAAAAGAAAAGGAGUACUUGUGGCACCUUAGAGACUAACCAAUUUAUUUGAGCAUGAGCUUUCGUGAGCUACAGCUCACUUCAUCAGAUGUUUACCGUGGAAACUGCAGCAGACUUUAUAUACACACAGAGAAUAUGAAACAAUACCUCCUCCCACCCCACUGUCCUGCUGGUAAUAGCUUAUCUAAAAUGAUCAACAGGUGGGCCAUUUCCAGCACAAAUCCAGGUUUUCUCACCCUCCACCCCCCCACACAAAUUCACUCUCCUGCUGGUGCUAGCCCAUCCAAAGUGACAACUCUUUACAUAAUCAAGUCGGGCUAUUUCCUGCAUAGAUCAAGGUUUUCUCACAUCCCCCCCACCCCCAUACACACACAAACUCACUCUCCUGCUGGUAAUAGCUCAUCUAAACUGACCACUCUCCAAGUUUAAAUCCAAGUUAAACCAGAACAUCUGGGGGGGGGGUAGGAAAAAACAAGAGGAAACAAGGGGAAACAGGCUACCUUGCAUAAUGACUUAGCCACUCCCAGUCUCUAUUUAAGCCUAAAUUAAUAGUAUCCAAUUUGCAAAUGAAUUCCAAUUCAGCAGUUUCUCGCUGGAGUCUGGAUUUGAAGUUUUUUUGUUUUAAGAUAGCGACCUUCAUGUCUGUGAUUGCGUGACCAGAGAGAUUGAAGUGUUCUCCGACUGGUUUAUGAA